ACGGGGGGGGGGGGGGAAGAGAGAGAGAGAGUGUAAGAGGCGCGCAGGCGCGUCAUUCCCCUUACAGGUUCGAGGAUCCUGGAGCGUCCAUUCGGGAGCCGGCGCUGGAUGAAGGGGAGGGGGAAGGGAUUGUCCAUUAACGGGGAAACGAUCUCACCGCCCGAGCUGGUGCGCAGUCCGUCGCCCGCAAAGCUCCAUUCCCCCCUUGGGCGCUCGGGGAAAUGUAGUCCGCUGGCGGAACUUCCGGCCCACGCCGGAAACUACGUGUCGCUGGAGCUGGAGCUGGAGCUGGAGGUGCGGGCGAGGGCGCAUGCGCGGUGCUGGGGCGGCCAAUGUCCGGUCACAGAGCGGAGGAUUGAGACAACGGAAUGGCUGUAUUCUGUGGGAGACCUGUGCUGGAGAGUUGUUGCAUGUUUUGCGAUGCAAGGUCCCUGGACUGUGACAGAGUCGCCUGGUAAUUGGACCGUGUGAGCUGUACCACGAGCCAUGGAGAAGGAGGGCAGCAUCCAACUGGAGGUGCCCGAUUUCAGCAGCUCGGUGCUGGCCCAGCUCAACCAACUGCGGAUGCAGGGGCGGCUCUGUGACAUUGUGGUCGACGUCCAGGGGAAGUCCUUCCGUGCCCACAAAGCAGUGCUGGCUGCCAGUUCGCCCUACUUCCGUGACCAUAUGUCACUGGGUGAGAUGAGCGCUGUUUCCAUCUCUGUCAUCAAGAGCCCCGCGGUGUUUGAGCGCCUCCUGGCCUUCUGCUAUACAGGCAAGCUGUGCCUGCAGGUGGCCGAUAUCAUCAGCUACCUGACAGCUGCCAGCUUCCUCCAGAUGCAGUACAUCAUCGACAAGUGCACCCAGAUCCUCGAUGGCAUUCACUUCCGAAUUGAUGUCUCUGAAGUGGAGGCAGGGUUGAACCAGGACGGUCCCAAGCGCCCGGCCCAAACCCGCAGCAUCGCUACCCCAAGCAGCCGCCGUGGCCGGGCAACCUCUGGUUUUAGCCGCAGAAGCCCACUGCAGGACGAGUUGGGGAGCAGCGGGGCUGAUGAGAGGCUGGUUAGAAUUGACCGGGUGGGCCAGUGGUAUGUGGAGACAGGGGUCAGUGGCGACCACAGCCCAGAGGCUAUUCGGCAAAUUGGCGGGAUGCGGAUCAAGACAGAGACGCCAGAUGAGUGGAUCAUGUCGGAGAACCAGCCAUCCGGGGAGGAUGGCAGCAGUGCAGAGGAGGUAACAGCUAUGGUGAUUGACAGUGCUGGGCACAGCACCCUGGUCCAGGAGGCCUUUCCCACCGCUGCCUCAAGUGGCAAGAUCUCAAGACCUUCCAGCAGCUUCAGUGAGAUGGACAGGUUUAGCCCAUCUGGCAGUGUUGUUUGCACCGUGCCCGAGCGCCACAGAGCAAGGAGUGAGUCUCCAGGCAAAAAUGAAGAACGGAAACAGCCCAACUCUCAGGCAGAUGAGACUCCCCUGUUUGGUGUCAGUGGCUAUGAAGAGUACCUCCGGGACCAAGAAGUGGCUGAGCGCUGGUACCGUUACAACCCUCGCCUGACAUGUCUGUACUGCGGCAAGUCUUUUAACCAGAAGGGAAGCCUGGAUCGCCAUAUGCGGUUGCACAUGGGCAUAACACCCUUUGUGUGCCGAAUCUGCGGGAAAAAGUACACCCGCAAGGACCAGCUGGAAUAUCACAUCCGCAAGCACACCGGGAACAAGCCCUUCCACUGCCACGUCUGCGGCAAGAGCUUUCCCUUCCAGGCUAUUUUAAAUCAGCACUUCAAAAAGAACCACCCGGGCUGCACACUGCUGGAGGGGCUACACAGUAUUUCACCAGAGACCACCUCCAAGGGACAGAAUGGGGAAGAAUCCCCGCCUCAAGAUGAAGCGAAAGCCAUUGGCGAACUGAUUCAUACUUCCGUCUCAACUACUGGGCCAGACUGAAUGUGCACUGGGGACAGAUAUUUGUCUGUAGCGCCUCGGUAGAGGGGGGGGGGGGGUCGGGGGUGCUGCUUUUAAUUUAGUGUGAACUGUUUCGUUUGGAUUUAGAACUGAUUAUACAAAGCGGUGUUUUCUUUUGCAGGAAAGGAACAUUUGUUGUUGCAUUGCUCCAAGUUGCAUGCAACCAUUGCUUGUUUAACCUCAUGACUUUCCCCCGCCUUAUGAAGAUAGCAGCAGAAAGUGAUUGGACUGUUGCUGCAUUGUGUGGGGGGAGAAUGGGGAAGAAAGGUGUGUCAUUCUCAGGUUCUUUGAAGACCAGGUAGCUAAUGUUGAACAAUUAGAUCCAACAGAGAGCAUUUUGACUGUUUGAAUCUUCAAGGGUCCCACCAAGCACCUCACUGUGUGUUACACUCUGGGCCUAUUUCUCCACCUAUCCUGAAACAGCCCAGGAAACCUGUCUGCAAGAUUCAGUGUUACUUCCCCAAAACUGUUUAAGGAACUUAUUUGUCGGUGUCAACAUUUAGAAGGAACAGAAACAAAACUGGUGCACCUUCUCUUGGGAAGGUGUGAGUGUUGAAGGGGUUGAGGAAAAGGGACUACAGUGGAACUACUUGGGCAGAUUCCUCGAUGAUGGAGUACCAAUGCUGUGAAUGGAAAACCCUGUGGUUCUGUACAUUUCUGUAAACGAAUGACAAAAGGUGUUUUUACUAUAGGUAGCUAAUAUGUAAGAGAAAUAUGGAUACUCCAAAGGAAUGUGUGUGGCCAGGUUUGACAGUAGAUUUAUAGUUGAGUGGAUUUGUGUGUCGUGCUUGAGUUGUAUGUGUGUUUUUCAAACUGGGAUAUCUCAUUAUAAUGACUGAAGAGCGGUUUUUCUAAUAUACCUCUUAUAGACCAUCCAAUGAAGCAUUUGUGCAUGGAUUUGUGAAGCUUUUAUAAAAAAUUAUAAAUGGAUUGGGAAAUGUACAGAACACAGAAUAUUCCAUUAUUUAUAGCAUUCUUGGAAUAAACUAAUUAUGUCACUGACUCCUUGAUUUUGCUGCAGAAAUACUUCUGCAAAGUGGGAUUGUUCAGGGUAAUUGGGGGUGGGGGGGAGAGACAGAGUUUGGGAUGAUUUCGCUGACUCACUGGGUGUUUUCCACUGUAGCACAUUGACAGACAAGACAGCUUCUCCCUUGCUCACUCUGCUCUUUCCAAACUUGUUUCCCUUUCAUCUAACAAUUACUGACCCACAAAUGCGUUGAAAUUAAUGCAUUAGCACAAAACUGGUGGUAAGGGACAUGUGGAUGAUCAUUGGCAUUGUUGGAGAAAAAUCAUUUCUUCUGAGGAAUUCAGAACAAGCCCAAUAAAAUUAGAGGGGCUGUUCAGGAGUGAUUUCACACUUAAAGGUACUGGAAUUCUGCAACUAACUUUCAUAAAUAGCUGUUGAGGUUGGGAGUCAAUUGAAAAUUUCAAAACUGAAGUUGUGGAUUUUUUUUUUCUUUGGGUAAAGUCACUCAGCAGGACAGAACCAGGGUGUAUAGAUAGAGUUAUGGUGACAAAUCAGCUGUGAUCUGAUUGAAUGGCAGCAUUGCCUCAAGGAUAUCCUCUUGUUAUAACUGUACCCUCUUGUUUCAGAGGCUAGUGACAAUCAGAAUCUUUAGUGAGGGAGAUUAUCACAUCAAAGCAAGGCUUGAAGAGCUUCAUAAAUCAGCUGUGCCAGUCACAUGAUUUUAAUGAUUGAACCAGUAACUUGGCUUUUUAUACACUGUAACCUAUCCAGUCUGGAAAUCUGUUGUUCAGAGACUCCAAUUGUGUGGAAUGUUUGAGUAGUCAGAGCAUUCUCUCUUGAUUUGGUUACAUUGUGAUCUAGUACUCUGCAGGAACAUGGAAGAAACAGCACAGUAUUUUGAUUAAAUAAAACAAAUUUUAUAAUUAAUUUUUUGUCACUCUUUCAGAUAAAUGUUCAUAUGCUUAGUGUCCUCUGGCUCACUCGCUUCUAGUGUUAAGCAUUUUAACACCUUUCUACAAUCCAGAAAAUUCUGAAAUCCAGAUCCUGUUCGUUCUAGACUGCAAAGGUUACAGUGUAUUGAAUCCAGUCAGGACAAACACAGGAACAAGAUGAAUCAUUCAUUGAGAUGAUUACAGUAAUUAGGCAGCAUCAAGGUAGGAAGGAAUUUCAUAUUGAGAGAAAUCCUCAGAACAGAUAGGUUAGUUAGUUUACAGGAAAAGGGGUAGUAGCCAGUGGAAUAUUGCGAUCUGUAGAGUUUAUUACAUGGGUUAGAAGGUAUUUUGUUGUCUUUUAACAUUGCAGAGUGAGAAGGUAUACAAAGAUGUUCCAUCAAACUAAUUCUCAUAAGCAGAUGCUUACAAUUACAUUUACCCGUCUGUUUCCCUCCAUCACUAUUAAUGUAGUUUCUACCUCAUCACUAACCCUGGCAGUGAAUUCCAAACCCUGGCAGUGAAUUCCAAACCCUGGCAGUGAAUU